AUGGUAUGCUCGAGAAUGUUAUCUAUUGGAAUCUUUUUUCUGUUUCUACCAAAUAUUCUAUCUGAUCAUGUAACUUUCUUUGGGAGAUACGCGUGCAAUGUGGACUUCAAUGUGGAUUACUGUACAUCUGAUACGUAUGUUGGAUUGGCUUUCUAUUACGGAUUGCAAGAUGGAGGUGGUGUGAAUAAAAAUGGAACAUUUGUCAAUUCCAACAUAAAAGUUGAGUACUAUGACCCAACUGUUCAAGGAAAAUUCAAGAUCGGUGAUCAAACAGGACAUUACAUGUCGUGA